CAAGGGAAUGACAUUUCCAUUGAAUUAAAAAAACAUUGUGUGAUCUGUGAGUCUUUCGUCGACUUUUAGUUUUUCUAAUUUAUUUUGCUAUCGACAAGCGCAACAACCAGAUACAGUUACCUUUAAAAUGGAUAAAGAUAGUACCGCCAUUCAGAAGAAAAUCACCGCCGAGGUUGAACAGUUCAAAUCAGCGCAGAAAGAAUUUUCGAAACUGGUGCAACAACGACAACUCCUCGAUGGUCAGCUGAACGAAAAUAAAAGUGUGUUGGAUGAACUGAAUCUCCUCGGAGCGGACAAUAAAGUCUACAAACUAUUCGGACCUGUUCUCGUAAAGCAAGAGCUCGAAGAAAGUCGUCAGAAUGUUGCCAAGCGAAUGGAAUACAUCAAGAAGGAGCUGAAGCGCUGCAACGAGACAAUAGAAACGUUGGAAAAGCGACAGGAUAAGCACAGGGAGAAUUUGCAAAAGUUGCAGCAGCAAUUUCAAGUUUCCGUUGCAAUGAAAUAAUUUUUCGCUUUGUACAGGGUAUAUUCUGAUGUUUGAGGCAAAACAAAAAUUAUGAACAAAAAUUCACUCUUUUUAUUAUUAAUUUAACACAAAAUAAAACUAAAAACUAAAAAA